ACACUUUUAUUAUUGUUGACUUAAACAUUUCUGCAACAUUUUGUGAAACCCUGUAGGAUGUUCCUGACUCAUAGUAUGAUGGGAUGGAAUGUGUUGGCAGUGCUCAGCAUCAGUGUGCCUGUGUGGAGCUCUGUGAAGGUGACGCAGCCCUACAGAGUAAUGAGCACCAACGGAACUGCACAGAUCCACUGCAUCAUCCACUCCAGAACUGCCGCCUCCCACCUUCGACCCGGCCAGCCUCUGGAGAAUCUCUUUUCCAACCUGGAAGACCUGCAGGUGGCUCUGCUUAGAGGUCUCCAUGGCAACCAGAAAAUCUGCUCCUCCACCCUCAGUACCUCAGAGCAUAAGAAGGAGAUGCAGCAGGAGAAAAACAAAGAGGGACAGUGUGAGAUUCAGAUGAAAGAUGGCACUGUGGUGGUGACACUAUCCGGACUGAAAGCCACACACACAGAUAUCUAUCGCUGUGCCAUCCAGGUCUUCUACCCACCGCCCUACCAGCAACUUACAGGCAAUGGCACACUUCUUCAUGUCCUGGAGGACUCCCCCUGCCCAGACCCGGGUCCCCAGAGACAGCAGAGUGAGGAGGAGGGGGAGGAAGAGAAGAGCAAUGAGACAAAAACAGCAGUCAGCGUUACUGUGGUAGUUCUUGUGAUAGCCAUCAUCUGUGUCCUCAUCAUCAUCAUCACUUUGCAGACUCUCCAGUGUGAGCGAGGCAGAAGGGAACCUAUCAGGAUGCCGCCGAACGUUUUGCUUCACAAAGUGGAUACUGUACCAUUUUCAUGUGGAACCAUGGCAUAGAAAUCUUCCAAAUGAUAGUGAUUAUUUCGCUGUCUGUGCUUUUGUACUUCUCCAGUGCAAAAUUAAUGUUUACGUUCUCGUAAACACACACAUUGUGUUAAAGCUGUGGCUUUGAUUCAGUUAAGUUUAUUUGACUUGAGUUGCUGAAGCACCUGUAUUGAGGUGAGAAGGCUAGUACCGCUGGUACUGUAUACAAACUGUUGAUGUGAGUAAAGCCUUUUUGUUCAAGCUGCUUUGUUGCAAUGUUCAGCAUCAUUAUGGCUUUCUCCAUUUUAUUGUUUUUUGUUUUUCCUGUAUAUUUUACAUGUUGUUACAUAUAGAAUUAAAAUAGAGUUUUGUGUCACGUAGUAAAAUGUUCUGAAGCCUCAUUUUCUAAAUGUAGUUGGAGGGGAUUGCUUUACACUGAGCCAAAAUGAAUCUGUUUGCAAUGUUGUUACGCAUGUUAUCUUUUCUUUGUCCUUUGCUAAACUGUAUAGCAGACUGUUGGUAAUUUUACACUGGCAACACUGUCAUUAGUAAAAACUGGCAUAAAACCUGAUUUUCAAACAAUGUUUCCCACCAAUCAAGCACAAA